AUGGUGACAGAAUACGAUAAUUCAGUAAAUGCCAAUAGUAAAGAAAACCAGAUUCAAGUAGAAAUAGCAGGAUCAACGAUUUUCGAACAAGAAAUUAUUGAAAACAAAACAAGUAUAUCAGUCAAAGAAAAAUAUGUAAAUACAAAGAAACAAGGAAAAAAAGAGCCAAGAGUCUACGAAAAACAGAAGCCAGGACAUUUUUCUACCACACAAAAACAAGAUUCCUUUGAACAAGUUCGGAAAUCUACAUCUGCUGGUACUAAGAGCAAUACAUCUUCAAAAAUAAUAAUAAUAGAAAACGUGCUAAUUAAAACUGCAGCUACAAGUUAUAAUAAAGAAAACAGAUGA